GCCACUUUCAUAAAACCUCCUUACGCACUCACACCCGUACCUCGAAUACCUAUACCUACCCGCUUUAUCCCAAUUCGAUAACCAACAAUGGACAAAAUCAAGGAGAAAUUGGAGAAGCUCCGCAUCGAGUCCGAGACACACCACGGACGGGCCGAAAAAGCCGAGAGCGAAGUGAAGGAGCUGAAGGCAGAGCUUGCGAAACGCGAAACCGAGGUGCAAAGCCUAAACAACAAAGUCACGUUGCUGCAAGAGAACCUGGAUAGGACGGAAAAGCGUGUGGAGGAGAUCAAGCUUAAGAAGUCCGAGGGUGACAGGGAGGAGUCGCAAGUGGAGGCUCUUCAGCGAAAGGUUCAGAUGCUGGAACAGCAAUUGGAGGACAAGGACAGGAAUUGGAAGGAAUCUACUGAAAAGGCGCGCGGUUUGGAGCUUACCGCCGAACAAGCGGAUCGCAAGGCGCAACAGCUUGAAAACGAGAAGACAACCUUAGAGAAGCGUUUGGACGAGAUGACCCAGAAGUACAAUGUAGUCAAGCAGGAACUCGACUCCACGCUCAAGGGAUUGGAAGACCUUUAGACAUGGCAUCUUCCUUGAGUGGGGGCGAGGGUGAAGGGUUGCUAAUGUACCGUAAAGAUCUAGCUUUCUCGAUACCCUAAUGGAGAACUCACUUCGUUUUUGGGGAACAUGCAGUACCCUUUGAACCUUGGAGCAUCUCGCUUGUUCGCAUGUGCCCUUUGCCUGUAGUGAACCGCUCUUUAGCGGGGCACCAAUCACUCGGAUGAAUACCUGUAGGCUGAUAUCUCCAUGUUUGGUGGCCUAUUGCCCUUCCUUCCAAUCCCGUUCCCCGUCUACGUUUGCAGUCUCG